AGCACUUGAAACCUGAAAGAUUAUCAUUUUGGAGAACAAUAAAAAGUUGUUAAUAAAAUUUCAAAUUGCUGGCCUUGGAGAAUAAGUUGGAGAAAUUAAGAAUCCAGUCCAAGUAACAGACAGAAAGGAAGGGGAACGAAGGUAUGUGCUUUGGACGUUGAAAGUGCGCACCGAAAGAAGACGCGGCAGUUGAACUAGAGGAGACAGAUUGAAUGAUAAUGAAAAAGAAAGAGCCUUCUGAAAGGACCAGAGUGGUUAUAAGGCAUUUGCCUCCUUCUCUCUCCCAAUUUCAUCUCUUCUCCCAAUUCGAUCAUCUUUUCUCUCAACGCUACAAUUGGUUCUGCUUUCGCCCUGCAAAGUUCAGUCAGAAGCAUCAAAGAUAUUCUCGAGCCUACAUAGACUUCAAGAACCCAGGAGAUGUUUUGGAGUUCGCAGAUAUCUUCCAUGGUCAUAUAUUUUACAAUGAGAGGGGUUCUCAGUUCAAGGCCAUAGUUGAAUAUGCUCCUUCUCAGCGUGUUCCUAAAACUUGUACAUUAAAGGAUGAUCGUGAUGGGACCAUUUAUAAAGAUCCUGAUUAUCUGGAAUUCCUCAAACUUAUUGCAAAACCAGUUGAGAAUCUUCAUAGUGCUGAACCUCAGUUGGAAAGAAAAGAAGCAGAACAAUCCGCUUCUGCGAAAGAAUCUCCUGUUACGACACCCCUGAUGGAAUAUGUUCGUCAGAAACGAGCUGCUAAGGAUGAAAAUCAGGAUGCAUCAGCUGGUCUCAAGGAUAACAGAAAAGCUAGGUCAGCAUCUGUGAACAAGCCUGGAUCAAGUGCUACUAGAAAAGGUGCUCAAAAGAAAAAGCAUAAUCUGAAGGGCAGUGCAAAGAAUUCAAACCACAAGAGCAAAUCAACUAUCCUUGCGGCACCUAAUCAAGGAGAUCAACCUGCUAAUCAAUAUGGAAAAGAAAUAUCAGGAAUUCAAUCUGUCUCCAGUGUUGGUGGUCAUGUUUCAAUAUCUACUUUGACUGGAGAUUCUGGAAAGAAAAGAAUCCCGCUUCUCAAAGGGAAAGAAUAUGAAAUUUCUGCUGUGUCUGGAGGUAUGUUGCACAAGCCUGGAAAUCCGGCUGUUGCCAUUUCUCAUAAACAAAACCAGAGGUUUAAAACUAAUGAAAGACUGGUAAAGGGCAUCCUCUUAAACAAGGAAGCGCAUAAAAAUCAACCUUUGGCUGGCAUACAGCCCUGGCUCAAAUUUCAAAAUUCAAGUUUGAAGAAUGACAAGCGAUCACCUUGGCCUAUCGACAAACUAGCGGGUUCUAAUGGUCAUCUUCCUAAUAUUGAACCAAUUGCGUCUACUUCUAAUGAUGAUGUAAAACAGACUUCAGAUGGCAAGUUCUUGACAAGAGGCAGGCAUAGUUUAGCCUCUUCUACUGAAAAACAAGAGAAAAGUACAAGAAAUAACAACAGACCAGAUAAUGGAGUGUGGACUCCUCUUGGUCAUUCUGACGUUCAAUGUGAUAAUGACCAAUUUACAAAUACUAUGUUGCAACAAAAGCAUUCGGAUUCUGUUGAAGGAUCCCACAAACGUUUUGGACAUCAUGUGGCAGUCCAUAAACUGAAGGAUAACAGCUCCUUGAUUGCAUCUGAGUGGAAAUACACAAGAAGAGGAGGAGCUAGUAGCUAUGCUGUUCAUGAGAAACAAGUGUGGGUUCAGAAAUCAACUUCUGGUUCGUGGACUAACUAAGUUGGUUUUGGAUGUGAAACUCCCAUCUCAGCUGUCGUCUCACACUCUCUACAAGUGACCUAGUCCGGUGUUUGUGUAAGAAACAGUACUGUGUGCAAUCCAUAAGAUUCAUGCCUACAUCUUUUGGUCUUUUAAAACCAGGGCCAAAAGCUUCCCUUUGGCAGAUUAAACUAGAAAAUGAUUUCUUUUUCCUCUAUUGGCAAAUAUGGGAAAAAGAAAGCUGCUUGUCUUUUCUCAGUAGUAAGAUGUCAGUUCUGGUGGAAAGUCAUGUUAUGAUCUUUUUGUUAUUGUACUUCAGAUGUUGAUGCUGUACAACCCUCUGAUUCAGGUGAAGACUCCACUGUGAUAUUGUUCUUAGAUUCUCUUGGUCCACAUUCUGUCAAUGAUAGUGCACUGACAUCUUCUCCCGAUUGAGCACUGGGUGUCUGUUUUCUUCAGACCGAGUACCCAAAUACCUUGUUCUUCAUGGUUUGUUAUUCUACAUGUCAAUAUUAUUAUGUUAUUACCCAUAAUGGGAGAUCCGUAAUCUGAUUAACUUAGAAGCGUUUGUAAGAUUUGGUAGAGAUUAUCUAGCAGAGGGAUCCAUUGAACAGAGCAGAUCCAGUGUCAAAAUGCACUCGAACUAGCAAAGGACUUUAUUUGCACCAGGUUAUCAAGAAUGUUGAUAUUCUUCGUGAGGAAAACUCAUAUCUUAUUUAGCUGAAUGCAUUUGCCUUGGAACUAUAGAAUAUAUCCCUUGUAUUACAUUUGAAUUUAAGGAUGAAAUUGAUUCGUCCGAUGACCCGUCCUGAUAAUGCAAUAGGUUUUAGCUUGCCAAGGACAUGAAAAUGAAUGAAGAUCUUGAGAUUGAGUCAA